GAGAGCUCAUGUCUCUUUUCGUCAUGUCGUAGUUGGAGACGAGGAGAGCAAAAAAAAAUGUAAACCACCUAUGACGGAAAUCAAGGACGAGCAAGACGAGGCGAUACGGAAGGAGAUGAAACAGAAGGAAAAAACGGGCAACAUUCCGAUACAGCAAUUCCUUAAUCCGGCUGGAAUAGAAAGGAACGUAACGAAGAAAUCAGCGGCGACGUUAUCGACGAAAGCAAAGUUGGCGGAAGAGGAAGGAUCCUCCAGCAACCAACGACUGGGAUCAAGGUUAAACGAACCGGUGGAGGGAAACGAAGACAAGUUUUUAGACGCUGACACGAAUAACGAAAUCAUACUAAAUCCGGCAAAGUAUAUUCUCAGAGUGGAUACAAAUUCGGAUCCCGGAGCAAUCGACGAUUUCUGCGAUGAUAUCCAAUAUCUGGAUGAAAAAAAAGAAAUAGCGCCUGACAACGUGGAACCACUGUACGAAGAGUUAAAAAAAAUAUACGACUGGAACGAGGACGAGACAAAAGUAAAACCUCGAAUAAAGGGAGAUCAGAGGAUGUAUCACGAAUCUUACGACAAAGUAGAUUCCAUCGAUAGAGUAGCGGGCGAACCGUUUAAAGAUCAAGUCGAGCCUCCGCAAGUCUACAAUGAUCCAACUAAAACAUUCGGUAAACGUUGA